UCUCGCGAUCUCGUACUACUCCGUGCUCGGCUGAUAUAUUGCAUAUUAGAACUCUAAAUAAGGCUACAUUUAUACGUUUCUUUAUCACUUCAAGCAGAUUAGAGGUUUGCUGUAUUCUUUACUUUGAUCAGAUUGCAGAGAAUCUUUAGAAAGAUGUCGAGCAGUUUAGAAAAACACCUUUUCAAUCUGAAGUUUGCUGCCAAGCAGAUGAACAGAGAAUCUAAGAAAUGUGAGAAAGAAGAAAAAGCAGAGAAGACCAAAUUAAAAAAGGCUAUACAGAAGGGAAAUGUUGAAGGGGCCAGGAUCCACGCUGAGAACGCAAUUAGGAACAAGAGCCAGGCCUUAAAUUUCCUACGAAUGAGUGCCAGAGUGGACGGAGUGGCUUCAAGAGUUCAGUCAGCCGUGGCCAUGAAGAAGGUUACUUCAUCAAUGUCUGGGGUAGUCAAAGCUAUGGACUCUGCAAUGAAAUCAAUGAACCUAGAAAAGAUAAGUGCACUGAUGGAGAAGUUUGAGAAGCAGUUUGAAGACAUGGAUGUCCAGACACAGUGCAUGGAAGACACCAUGUCUGCUUCGACCACUCUCACCACACCUCAAUCUCAAGUAGAUAGCCUUAUGUCACAGGUGGCAGACGAAGCAGGAUUGGAGUUGAAUAUGGAGCUACCUUCGAGUCAGACAGGCAGCCUUGGUCAGUCCACAGCAUCAGCUGAGCAGGAUGAGUUAUCAGCAAGGUUAGCGGAGCUCAGGAAAAUGUGAUGAAUCGUCAGCUCACAGAGUACAGGAAUUUGUAUUCCUUUUAUAUGAACAUGUCAUGAUGAAUUGAGAAUUUUUGUUUCACCACUCUAAUAAAGAGAGAAGUAUUGUGAUUUGUUUUAGCCAGAGUAAGUUAGGAUUAUAUUACCGGAGCAGGGCACCAUUGCAUAAAACCUACUAUUGAUGGUAACUUUGCCAUUAAUGGUAACUUCCAUGGAAACCUUGAUUUGAUAGGCUGUUGAAUGAUGUUGUCAUGGUAGUUACUAUUGAUUGCAAAUUUAAUAUCAGUGGUAUUAGUUUGAUGCAACGGGCCCAGCCUUUGAUGAUCUUCUCCAGAGCUUCUUUGAAAGUUUGUCUCUUUCAUUGAAAAUUAAAUAUUGUAUCCCCAAGAAAAAUUAUUGUCUCUAAAGUCUAAAGUGUACUUGAGCCCACUGCACACUAUGAUCUGACUGUGAUCCAAUUUGAGAAGGAUCUAUAUAAAUAAAAUCAUUGUGAAUGAUGCUCUGAAUCAACACCAAAAAUAAAAAUGCUGGUUAAAUUCAAACCAUCAAACCAACUACUAAGA